AUGAGAGCCGCGUUGGUCACAGUCGCGGCGGGGCUGACAACCGAAGAAAGAGAUCAAGUCUGUUACACUCUGCCCGAGCUUAUCUCAACUUGCAUGAUUGAUACCGUAGCGUGUGAUAUGACCAAGUAUGUGAUUUUCUCACCCUGUCAUUAUCUACCACUAUUCAACCCAUAUUCUAAAAUCUUUAUUGUGCCAUUUUCAGUGACUUCAAACAGGUCUAUGACGUGGAUUACGGAUAUUGUUAUACGUUUAAUCACUACACCCCUAGUGGACGCUAUAACACGACUUCUUUCGACAAUAUUCAUGGUAAAUUUUGCUCUACACUGUCUUUCAAUGUGAUAUUUCUUUAGGCCUGGUGGUAAUCAUGACGUUAAAUGUCAGUGAUUAUCUUCAAAGUACGGAGUUUGAAGGCGGCAAAGUGGUUCUUCAUGUUCAAACAGACUUCCCCUUUCCCAAUGUUGAUGGGUACUUUGUGCGGCCCGGCUACAUGGUCGAUCAUGUAAUUAGUCAGGUAAUGGCAACAUACGAACUCUUCAUCGUGUUUUUUAGAGCCAAUUUUCACGGCUUUCGCAUCCAUACGGCGACUGUGAUGAUUUGGAUUCGUUGAAGAAGCGAGAUCAACCGUUCUAUUUCGACGGUGACUAUUCGACGGAGGUAAGGGAAAUGGUGAAAAAAUAAGUCAACCAUCGGCACAACUAGACAUGUCAAAAAACAAAAGCCUUCCCCAGCCUGAUUUCUUAUGAUUUUAUCUAAUCUAUUACUAUCAUGUAAAUAGAUGAAUACUGUAUUCUGUCUUGCAUUGAUUUUGGUCUUUUAUAUGUUACAAUAACACAUACAGUGGCGGGUGGCAAAAAACGUAUAAUUUUGGAUCCGGGAAGUAUCAAAAAUGCAGCAAAAUACCCCCCCCCCCUCUCCAAGUGAAAAAACUCCGAUUUCAAAAGCGCGCAUUUCAAAACGGGGUUUUUUUAUUGUAGUGGGAGGUAUUUUACCGCAUUUUUAAUACUUCCCGGAUGCAAAAUUAUACUUUUGCCAAUGGAUCAGGUACUGUAGUCUUUGCCAAGUCCCCGCCGACCCCUUGCCGAGCGUCCGCCGACCAUCCCAUGGCUUUGCCAGAAAAACUAAGACUUGUAGGCACCUCCUGCAACUUUUUUUUCGGUUAUCCGUCUGCCCUACGCCUGGUAUCGAUCGAUUAUGUGUUGACCGGAUCCGCCGCCGACCCGAAAAAGUCGGGACGCGAAUCACCAUAAUCACCACGGACCGCUUUAUACAUUCUUGUUGUUUCUCUUUAGCCCACGCAAACAACCCACAAUCUGUAACACUUCCCUCCAUGAAUUUUUGUAUGCGAUUCAUUUACUAUUGAUGAAUCCAAAAAUAUCGCAAAAUUUUGACGUGAUAUCCUUUCACAAAUGAUCAUUUUAGGGUUGUUUGCGUUCCUGUUUCCAACAAAAAGUUGUUGCUGCGUGUGGUUGCGCCGACUCAAGAUUCCCCGUCGACAAUAGCACCAGCAACGCGACAUUCUGCGCUCCCUUGGAAACGUCUUCUUGUAGGUCGUUGAACUUUCAUAUAACGCAAAAUUUUCAUUUCUGUUUAGAUGACUGCUACACCGACUACAUUUCCGAGAAUGGUGAUUACUAUAACGUCAGUUGUCAAUGCGCGUUCCCUUGCGCGGACACGCAGGUAACGGCGGAGUUGAGGAAUGCGGUUUGGCCGACCGGGAACUUCUUUUUCGACCAGGAUUGCCGAGACAACAUGGACUGUUUGCAGGUUUAUCGGUAAGGGUAGAGAGUUAUAGUGGAACACCUGUUCCAUUGACGAAAAACGUACCAUUUUGGACCCGGGAAGUAUCAAAAAUAUGGCAAAAUACCUCCCUCUCCAAGUGAAAGAAACUCAGAUUGUAAAAGCGCGCCCGCUCUUUUUGUGAGGAAAAAGGACGCGUCCUUCAAAAACGAAGUUUUUUCACUUGGAGCGUGAAGAAUUUUGCCAUAUUUUUGAUACUUCCCAGACCCAAAAUGGUACGUUUUUUGCCGGUGGAUCAGGUCCCCACUGUAUUGGUCUGUAUGGAGCACUUGCCGAACAAGAUUAGAGAAUUGCAAACUGUGUAGACGCUGUAGCUUUUUUUGAACAAACGUCAUCCACUUUACAGUGGCGGACCUGAUCCAGUGGCAAGAAACACAUCAAUGCAUCCGGGAGGUAUUCAAAAAUGUAGCAAAAUGUCUCCCUCUCCAACUAAAAAACCUCGUUUUGAAGGCCCGCCCUUUCCCUCCAUAAAAAGAGAAGGCGCGCUUUUGAAACCGGAGUUUUUUCACUUGCAAUGGGAGGCAUUUUGCUACAUUUUUUGAUUUUGGAUGCAAGAUGGUAUGUUUUUUGCCAUUGGAUAAGGUGAGCCACUUUCUAUACAGGUCUUUUUUUAUAUACGACUGUUAUGUAUCAUCACACCUUUUUUAGUCACCAUUAUGAUUUUAGGGAGAACAACGUCCGAGUCCGUGUGUAUUACGUUGAACAUGGCUACGAUACCAUUCAAGAAUCGCCGGCUAUGUCGGUAAGAGCUUCUUUGUCUACGAUUAUGAUUUUAUCUGACUGUAAUUACCUUUUUGCAGUCUAACUUUUUGAUGGCGAGAGAUUUCGGUAAAAAACUCUAAUUUCUAUUUAAAAAAUCAAGUUUUUAUAGAAAACAUAGUUUAAAAAUCAAAUUCUUAAGCCUUUUUCUACCUAUUAAGCCCUAUUUUGACUGCAUUUCCACUUUAUACUUUAAUUUUCCUUCGUAUUUUAGGCGUUCGACCUGAUCAACAACCUCUACGGGAACACCGGGCUGUGGAUUGGCUGGUGUGUCCUUUCAAUCGCCGAAUUCCUCCUCGUCUUCCUCCAACUGUUCACCUGUAUCUGUCGGACGCGAAAAGAGGUCCCCGAGGUUCCCUCCUGCCGCAGGCGGAACUAUCCCGAGGACGAGGAGGAACCGGAACAAGAAGACUUUUAUCCCGCUCCCCAUGAUGUGUAUGACAUGUAUUUCGGCAGCCAUCUGCCGAACAUGUUGAGGGGAGACUGUCCAAAACGCAAGAGAUACCAGAAUAUGGCCCGAAAUGCGAUGGGACAUCAGAAUGUGGACUUGAAACCGUACUGCAUCGAUUAUGAACAAGUCAUCCACACCAGUGCUAUUGUGAAUCAAGCGGAGGGAAAAUUGACGAAACGAAAGUCAAAGAAUGAUCUAUACAGAUGA